GAAGUGAAAGAUUAUUUGAUUUGAUUGUCACAGAACAUGGAUAUGGGGUUUGAUCAUUCUCUUCUCCAAGUCCACAUUAACUACAAUAACUUUCCAGCUAAGUUAUGGGGUUUGACAAACGAUCCCAAGAACAACUCAGUCUUCUGGAGCCCAAAUGGAGACGGUUUGAUUGUCGACCAGCAGCGUUUCGAGGACGAACUGCUGUCACCGGUCAAACAAGACGCUAAACUCUUCAAGACCACCAACUUCACCAGCUUCAUCCGACAGCUCAACCUGUACGGCUUCCGGAAGCUGUUCGACGGGCCAUCCAAAGACAGACACCGAAACCUGCACCACUUCCACAAUCCCUUCUUCAGACAGGGCCGGCCAGAACUUCUGGUCCAUCUGAAGAGGCUGACCAUCAGUAACAAGGCCAAGAUCCUGGCCGGAGAGGAGGUGACCUGUCGACCCCCUAGUCGAGUCCAUCACCAGCCUCAGCCAAACACUACAGAAACAGAGAAUACAGGUUCUGCACCCCCCUAUCAGCACAUCAGUGGCGCAUCCCAUCAGCUGAAGGGGUUUGACAGAAGCCUGAUCCCUCCCCACUCCUGGAUCGUUCCUUGCAGGGAUGCGCCUCCUUUCUACCCUAACAAAGGCAUCCCGGUGUCUGUGAUCCGCUCGUAUCCGUACAGCGCUCCUCAUAGAGUUCAGUCCAGUCCCACUGCCCUGUUCCCACAGGAGACGAAAUAUAUCCCACAUCACCUGUCCUAUCCUCCUGGAUUUUACUCGCCAGUUUGUCAGGGUUGCACUGCUGGCUUUAUGGAAGCAGAUCGAACAGGUGGAGAUCAAACAUCUCUGUCAUAUGCAGCACAUUAUGCUUAUUACCCGAACUAUCCAGUGAGCCACCAUCACAACAGCAUCCAGAGCUCAAACUGGGCAGCACACGGUCCGCCUGAGUCUCAGAGAGGCGACGUGAACCUGGACACAGUCUUCCAGAUGGUGGACGAGUUCCAGGGUUUGCCUAACGUCCACAUAGUCCGCGUGGGAACCCCAGUGAAGCCCCUGCACUCCUCCAGCCCUCCUCUCUGCACUUUACCUGCGGGAUCCGUCAGUCCUCCGAGAGACGAGCGUCCGUCUGUCAUCACUCAGUUCAUCAAACUAGAGCCAGAGGAACAGGAGCUGGACAAUCCAGGAGUCCAGCUCUCAGAAAACCCUUCAACAUCUCUGGAGUCCUCAAAAAAGAUUUCAGAUCAGAAACGGACAGCAGAAGACUCGUGAAACACUCCCUGCUGCUGCUGGAGAUGACAGGCAGGAUUCAUCAGCAUAUGCACAUGACAU